ACCCCCCCCCCCCGCCGCCCCCCCCUCCUCUCUCUCUCUCCCAGGACCCCCCGCGCGAGACGAACAUGGCGGCGCCUGUGCCCCUGCUCGCGGUCAGAGGCUCGAGUGGUCUCCAGCUCGUCGAUGGGCCUCCCGAGUUUAAAGAAAACAGCGCCUUCCCCGGCGAGGACAAGAAGACCUGCAGGGUUCUGGCGUUCAACAGCAGUGGCACGCAGCUGGCCUGGUGCAAUGGGGAGAAGGUGCAGGUAUUGAGCCUGCCAGAAUGCAAGCUGCUGCACAGCCUGGACGUGCCGAAGACGGCGUGCCUGGCGUUCUCGCCGCUCGGCACACUGCUCGCCGUGUGGCAGCCCUACAUGACAACCAAAGACAACCCUAAGGGGGAGCCCAACCUGAUGCUGUGGGACCUCAAGGAGGGCAAGUGCUUGAAGGCCUUCUUCCAGAAGAAGCAGCAGGGAUGGAGCCCCAGCUGGUCGGACGACGAGAAGCUCUGCGCGCGGAUGGUCAACAACGAGGUGCACUUCUUCGAAGACAACAACUUCGACACGAUCGCGAACAAGCUGUUCCAGCAGAAGGUGGCGGACUUCCAGCUGUCCCCUGGGCCCAGCCCCAGCAAGGUGGCCGUGUACGUGCCGGGAGUGAAGGGGGGCCCGUCGUUCGUGCGUCUCUACCGCUACCCCGACUUCGGGGGCCCCACGCAGGCGCUGGCCAGCAGGAGUUUCUUCAAGGCCGACCGCGCCUCCCUGGUGUGGAACAAGAAAGCGACGGCCGUGCUGGUGGUGGCGAGCACGGACGUGGACAAGACGGGCGCGUCGUACUACGGCGAGCAGACGCUGCACUACAUGAGCACGGGCGGGGAUAGUGUCAUCGUGCAGCUGCCCAAGAACGGUCCGAUCUACGAGGCGACGUGGAGCCCGACGUCUACCGAGUACUGCGUGGUCUACGGCUUCAUGCCGGCCAAGGCCACGAUCUACAACCUGAGCUGCGAGCCCGUGUUCGACUUCGGGACGGGGCCGCGCAACGCCGCCUCCUACUCGCCGCACGGCGGGCUGCUGGCGCUGACCGGCUUCGGGAACCUGCGCGGGAACGUGGAGUUCUGGGACGUGCGCAAGAAAACGCUCGUGUCGCAGGUCACGGCGUCGGACUCGACGCACUUCUGCUGGUGCCCGGACGGCGCGCACGUGCUGACCUCCACCUGCGCACCGCGCCUCCGCGUCGGCAACGGCUACCGCGUGUGGCACGUGUUGGGGGCGACGGUGUUCACGUGGGAGGCCGCCGAGAACUCGGAGGUGUGGGAGACCACGUGGCGCCCCGUGCCAGAGGGGACCUACCCGGAGCCGGCCCUCACCGGCCGGGCCACCGGCAGCGUCGCCGCUGGCAACGGCGCACCGGCCGCCCCGGGGAAGAAGACUCCGCAGACGUACCGGCCGCCGGCCCUCCGCAACAAACCGGUCACCAACACCAAGCUGCACGACGAGGACGAGCUUCCGCAGAACAUGCGGCCGGCGGCGGGGAGCGGAGCGGCGGAGAAGCAGCUGUCAAAGGCGGCGCUCAAAAACCUCAAGAAGCGGGAGGCGAAGAAGGCGGCCAAGCAGGAGGGCGGAACAGCGGCGCACGAUGAUGACACGGCCGCCCACAUUGCCAGCGACGGAAAGCCUGCGGGGAUAUCGACGACAGACAGCGUGCAUGACCCUGACAAGGAGAAGAAAAUAAAAGCCUUGAAAAAGAAGCUGAAAGCCAUCGAUCAGUUGAGAGAGCAGCAGACAGCCGGGAAGGAGCUUCAGAAAAACCAGUUGGAGAAGAUGCUGAUGGAGGCGUCGCUGCUGGAGGAGCUGGAGCAGCUGGAGCUGCAGGACUGAUGGCGUUUGUCGGCGGCGGCGGCGGCGGCGGAUGAGCAGGCCCCAGUCGAGAGUAACGGGCGCUCGGCGUGACGCCGCUCGCGACGGGGAGCCGGCGGGCCGCGAGUGGCGCCGGGCCGGUUGCGGGAGCUUCGGUCGGCUUGACCGGCGUGUGAGGACGACACACGGCACUCCCCCUCCCCGACGGUGGGACGGAACGUGCCGUUUUUGCCGCCGCGAUAAAUGGAAAAUGCGCCCCCCCCCCCCUUCCCCCCACCUGAAUAAAGUCGAGUCAAAAGCCUCCCGAGUUAUCACAACGCCUGCGAUCGAGAGACGGCGAUCGUCUUCGUUGGGCCUGGCACAUUGCGGGGACCCCCGUGCGAGCGACGGUGUGCGGUUUAUAUCGGUGCGGUUUGUACACUGCCGUUUUAAGCGUUUACAAACGCCACACACGCCCCCUGUAGAUAAAUUAAAAUACAGCCCUUUGUCAAUCCACUGCUGGAUGAAGGCUUCCCCACGCUGCCUUGGGGGACGGGGGGGGGGGAGAGGUUGCUUGACCAUACUUUACCACGCUGGUCAGUGCGAUUUGGUGAAGGGGGCACCCGGGGAGACUGGUUCAGAUAUCACUCGCCACCGAUGUUGCGUGCGAUUAGCCAUGCACUACCCCGUGGCUUUGGCCUUCAGGGAGAUCACUGGAGGUGGAGGCCAGCUCGCUGCUGCUGCUGCUGUUGAGGAUUGUUUGGAGACUUGUAAUGCGGCCGAGUGCGAGGCCCCGUGAGCGUUGAUCACAACUGAGACACAAACCGGCCACCACGCUCAUUACCUCUGCCCUCCUGCGGAGUUGUGAUCAUUGUGCCAGGCUUUUGCAUUUUGUUUCAAACAAAUUCUCCCCACCCCCCACUCCCGAGUGUUUUUAGGCGACCUCAGUUUCCGUGAGCUGGAGCUGUGCCUGCGAGACGUCCGUGGGAUUUAGCUAAUCGGUUUGGCGGCACGCGAAAUUCGACGCACCUUGCCGAGUCGAUCGUCGUUUCGGAAUUGUCGCCCUGCCGAACGGGCGCCCACCGUCACAUCCCGAGUCGCGGUCGGUCCCGUCCGGGAGCGGGUUCCUGACGUGUGUGAGCGCAAGUCUCCUCGGGCACGGCGUGGGACACGGUGCGAGAGAGCGAGCCUCGUGUGGGGGGGGGUCUCACGUUGUGUACUGUUUUUGCGAGCCCUGUGUCUUAAGUGCGAUGCGGGUAAUUUUUACGUUUUGAGUUUAUUUUCGCAUAACCAGGCGAGCACUCGGGAGACCAGGAUAUAAAAGUGGUACAUGCAAGAGUUGACUGACCUGGGUCAGCAACAUAACAGAAAAAAAUGUCUAGCAAUUAAGCAAACAAAUCGGAGAACAAAAAAAUCGCGUCGAAACAUGAGGUCGAAAAUAUUGUGCAAACAAAUCAGUGUUAAGUCAUAAAUUCCCUGCAGCGCAUGUUGGCUCGGGGCAGUUUACCUUUAGACCGAUAAUCGUACAAUAACAAGAUUAAUAAAACAUCAAACGGA